UUAUAAGGAGAAAAUGAUGGCCGUCUGCACUCCCUGUAGGAACUUGCAUUGCUGAGAGGCGAAAGAUGACGAUCAACCAUCUCCUUCGAUCUGGUUUCACUUCAAAGGCUGGUGGGAUUCUAAGACAGGUUUCAGCAUCUGGAAGUUUCCAGGAGCAAUUUUUGUGGACUCCUAAACUUGCUAGAUGGAACAGUACAGAGGCAUCUCUUCAGAAGGAAGGUCAAACACCUGAAUUAAAGGAUGGGAAGGGGUUUAAGGGGCAUGAUAUGCUGGCACCAUUCACUGCGGGGUGGCAGUCCAAUGAUUUGCAUCCUCUGGUUAUUGAAAAGUCUGAGGGUUGUUAUGUGUAUGAUAUCAAUGGAAAUAAAUUUCUUGAUUCCCUUGCUGGUCUAUGGUGCACAGCCUUAGGAGGAAAUGAACCUCGACUUGUUGCUGCUGCAACCAAGCAAUUGGAUACCUUGCCAUUUUACCAUUCCUUUUGGAACCGCACCACAAAACCUUCCUUGGAUCUUGCAAAGGAUAUCCUUGAGAUCUUUACAGCAAGGAAAAUGGGAAAAGUCUUCUUUACUAAUAGUGGAUCAGAAGCUAAUGAUACUCAGGUGAAGCUAGUUUGGUAUUAUAACAAUGCGCUUGGAAGGCCAAACAAAAAGAAAUUUAUAGCACGGGCAAAAUCAUACCAUGGAUCAACUCUAAUAUCAGCUAGUCUUUCUGGCCUUCCUGCUCUGCAUCAGAAAUUUGAUCUCCCUGCACCAUUUGUAUUGCAUACUGACUGCCCACAUUACUGGCGUUUUCAUUUACCAGGUGAAACGGAGGAGGAAUUCUCAACCAGAUUAGCAAAAAAUCUAGAGAAUCUUAUCCUAAAGGAGGGACCUGAGACGAUUGCUGCAUUCAUUGCUGAACCUGUCAUGGGUGCUGGUGGUGUCAUCCCUCCCCCUGCAACUUAUUUUGAGAAGGUUCAAGCAGUAGUGAAAAAAUAUGACAUUCUCUUCAUUGCAGAUGAGGUAAUAUGUGCCUUUGGAAGGCUAGGGACAAUGUUUGGGUGUGACAAAUAUAAUAUUACUCCGGACCUUGUUUCCGUUGCCAAGGCUCUUUCGUCUGCAUACAUGCCCAUUGGUGCAGUUCUUGUGAGCCCUGAAAUUUCAGAAGUCAUACACUCUCAAAGUAACAAGCUUGGUUCCUUUUCUCAUGGAUUUACCUAUUCUGGGCACCCAGUGUCGUGUGCAGUUGCAGUGGAAGCACUCAAACUUUACAAGGAAAAAAAUAUUGCCGAAUAUGUCAAGAGUGUUUCUCCAAAGUUUCAGAAUGGAUUAAAAGCCUUUUCUGACAGUCCUAUUAUUGGGGAGAUUCGAGGAACUGGAUUGAUUCUUGGAACCGAGUUCACCGACAAUAAGUCACCUAAUGAUUUAUUCCCUCCUGAAUGGGGCAUUGGUGCAUAUUUUGGGGCACAGUGCGAGAAGCGUGGGAUGUUAGUGAGAGUUGCAGGUGAUAACAUAAUGAUGUCCCCUCCAUUAAUUAUCACUCCAGAAGAAAUCGAUGAGUUAAUAAGCAUUUAUGGAGAUGCCUUGAGAGCUACAGAAGAGAGGGUGAAAGAACUCAAGUCCCAACAAAGGAAGCUAUAGACUUUGGAAUAAUUUGAUUUUCAUAGUCUUGGUCUUGCCUAAUAAUGACGAAAAAAGUAUGUUGGAUUAUGUAAUUUUGAUGGUUGCUAGAUAGUCACAUAUUAGUAAAUCAUCUCCUAUUCUUCCAUCUUGGUGAUGGAAUCCAUUUUUUCUGAUUUUCUACAUGUACCAAACUAUCAAUAUAUAAAUUUAGUGGUGGAUUGAAUAUGAAUGGGAGCUAGAGGGUCUUAUUAGACUUUUUCUU